AUGGAGCGUUUGCACGAAAAGGACAUGGCAACAGUCCCUGAAAUCGUGGCAGUGCAACAGCCCGAUGCCGCCUCCGCCUCAGACCUCGAUAUGGAGCUAACCUCGACAACACCACCCGCGCCCUCCCACCACCACAGUCAUCCCCCUCAUCACCACGAUGCCGCUCCCGAAAAUGCAUCUGGUAUUACCGAGAUUGGCCACCAGCAGCGUGUUCGCCUCGCCCGCCACCCUGCCACCGGCGUUUACGCAGCCGUCCUCGAGCAGCGCUUCCGAAACAACUUGGGUCUCGCCGUCGGCUUCCUAGAGCUCGCCAACGCUGGCGAUUUUGCCGCCAAUGUCUGGAACCAGAUCCCCGUCCCCAUCUAUGCCAUUGUCUGCAUGGCUAUUGGUGCGACCGGUGCUGGCAUCCUGUCCGUCUUCGCCUUUGACGAUGCCCGCUACGCCUGGCGCAACGUCGUCUUCCUGCGGCGGCAGCGCGCCCAGCUCAAGGAGACGCUCGAGCAACGUGCUACGCAGGGCCACGCCGCCCGCGAUGUGCGCGUCCUAACCGAGCUCAACCUGCGCGAGCUCGGCUGCGAAACCGUCAACCGCUUCGGCAUGGACGUGCUCAUGGGCUUUGGUGCUGUCCUUAUCUGCGUCGGCACCUACAUGGCCAUUGGCGGCGCCAACGAGACUGUCUGGCUGGCUAGUAACAUCCUGUCCGGCUAUCUUGGAAACACCCCCAUUGCGCUCUACGGCCUCGUCAACUCGGGCUGGGCCGCCUACCUCGCUGUCAAGACGGAGGGCCACGUACGCGCUGUGGCCCGCGCCAUGCCUGACUCUCUCGAGUACAGGCUGGUCAAGCAGCGCGGGAAAAAACUGCAGCUGUACUGUGGCAUCAACGGCGCCAUAACUCUCGUCGGUGGUGUCGCGUCCCUGCUGACAGCUACUCAGUGGUGGGCCUACGUCAUCCUCAUCCCCGUCAUCGUCCUCUCCUUUAUCUGCAACUGGUUUUGGCGAACGCGGCUGGGUUACAGCCACGACGACAUGCGCCAGAUGCCCGACAUGGGCGUCGAAAAGCUGUCCCGGGUGCUUCUCUUUGCUGCACAGGCAAAGGAUGGGCUCACCCGAGACGCGAAAGCCGCUGAAAAGGACCUUGUGCGGCAGGCCGCCACCCUGCCCGAGGCGCUUGACCUCAUCGACACGUCGGGCCUGCUCGAGGCAUUUUGCGUCAAGGUCGUCUCUGACAGCCGCCUCUGCUACGCGCUGUGCGAUCCCAGCGCAGAGCACGUCGAGGUUUCGCUGGCCGACAUUGCAGCUCUCCCCGACGUCCACCAUCCUGCGCUGCUUGAGGCGGCGCACGACUGCCUGCGCACCGCUGGCGUGCGACGCUUUGCCCACCUUGAGCGAUUCACGGCAGAACUGCUGGGCAUUUACACUCACCAAUGUCAAUCAUCCACAGAUCUGGAAUCAGCCAAGAACUAG